UGCGCGUUGCCUUGCAAGACUUUGACAAUUUCAGCGGCUAAAAUUGCCAAAGAUUGUUAUAAAAAAUUUCCGGCAAGAAGCGCUUUUGACACCAUGUCUAGUAUAGCAUUGGGAAGGCUGUCAGAGGAAAGAAAGGCCUGGAGGAAAGAUCAUCCGUUUGGGUUUGUUGCAAAGCCAGCCAAGAAUGAAGAUGGAACAUUGAACAUGAUGCAAUGGGAGUGCUCAAUACCAGGGAAAAAAGGAACCCCUUGGGAAGGUGCAACAUACAAAUUAAAGAUAACCUUCAAAGACGAUUAUCCAUCAACACCACCAAAAUGUAAAUUUGACCCUCCGUUAUUUCACCCAAAUAUUUAUCCAUCCGGAACGGUAUGCUUGUCGCUGUUAGACGAAGACAAAGACUGGAGGCCUGCUGUCACUAUAAAGCAAAUUUUACUUGGAAUCCAGGACUUGCUAAACGACCCAAACAUCCGGGAUCCAGCGCAGGCAGAAGCAUACUCCAUUUUCUGCCAAAACAGACAAGAAUACGAAAAGCGAGUGCGACAGCAAGCUAAGAGAUUUGCUACAGUGUAAUGAAAGAUCAAAGCGAGGCCAACCUCAGUUUCUACUUCGACUAAACGGCAUACCUUCAGUUGAAUUAGACAAAUAUUUUACCUUGAUGGAUACCUUAUUAUCAGCAUUUUCAUCAUUUCUGACAAUGCCAGGGUAAACUUGAACGACAAAAAUGUGUAAAUUUUCCCAUGUUAACUAAAGUAUGACAGAACUUUAUAUUGAUUGGGAUUUUUGCCAUUUGACUGUUGAAGCUACUUGUCAGUUUUAAAGGAUGAAUUCUUGGGUGACUUUUUGUUAUGUUGAUCUUGAAAACCAGUUGUUUUAGAAUGUGUUAUUUAAAUCUCGUGUACUUGAAAUAAUUUAACGGUGUAUUUCACCUUUAUCCGUGUUAUCUUGGUAAAAUUGCAUUUUGAGCCUUCUCAAUGAUUUCAAUACCCUUCGUUCAACUCGAAUUAUUAUCACUUAAAACAGACUUCAAAGAUAAAGUAAAGGGUCAAUAUUAUCUAAAAUUUCAUAUUCACGUUAAAUUUUCUCACUUUGGCUCAUUAAAAUCGUUUGUUUCAGAUUUGUCCAUAGUUCUCUUUGUUCGCCCUUGUUUCUUUUCAAUUUACAAUGAAAUUUCAUUUAGGCUCUUUCGGUGCAACAAUUUACUUAUUAUUGGCUGUAGUAGGUAGUUAUAUUAUUGUGAUAAUAUAUCUUAUUUUAUUGUCAGAUCAUCCGCAUUUUCAUCGCAAUGUAAUUCAUCUAAGUGAAUAAUCAAUCUAGAAA